AACAGACACAAAAGUAAAUAGCAUAAUCUAAACAACACGAAUUAAAUGAGCAGCAAAACGUUGUUUUAUUAUUCUUUUUUUUAUAUUUUGCGACAGGUAUUUUAGUUUUUGCGGGUUAUUCAAUUGAACAUGACAGCGUUUCUCAUUUGUAUUUGAAUACUAAUUACUUUUCGUUUAUAAACUGAUUGGCUAAGCUAUAUAUGUGUUAAGAUAAUGAAUUAGUACACAUCUACUUUCCGUGUGAUAAGUAACAAAAUUCGCAAAAUUUCGUUUUUAUUGUGCCAUCAACACAACGUGAAAAUCAUCGACUUACAGAAGUACACAUAAAUACCACAGUGUUGUUCUACAUGCAAUAUAAAAUUUCGGUAUAUAUAUAUGUCAACAUGAACAACAAUUGAGUGAUGGAAUACCUAUUAUGUAUAAUACGUGAGAUAAAACCGUCAAAAUAAUGUGACUCAACCCAACGAAACUCAACGUUGAAAUAGACAAUUUUAUCGCGGCUAAUUCCAUUUUUUACUCGGAAAUCAACACCUCAAGUAUCGCCGAAAGAAAAAUGUAGUGGUAGUUCGUUGUAAAUUACUGACCUGCAAUUAAUUAGUGAAAUUUACAAUCAAAAUCGGUCCGGAUUUUGAUUGAACAAAUUUUUUCUGUUGGAACUACUGUUCAACUAAAUUAACAUCAACAAUGUCUGCUACAGCUGGGCUUAUUGUAAUUGGACUGUGGACACUAUUCCAAUCAGCGGCUUACGGAUCUCUGGCUUUAAUGGGAUUAUUCGUACAUAUGUGCCAAUUGGAUAUGAACGGAAGCCGGCUGAGUCAUUUUAUCUACACCGUUUAUUUUCGAGAUCACAAAUGUCAACCAACAGACUGGGACUUUCUUAUUGGUCAACCCGUUCCCAUCACUCCAAUUAUGCCGGACAUCACUGAAGUGGCAUCAAGGACUCAUAUAUUCGCCUUGGUAUAUUUCAUCAUCAGCAUAAUAUGGUUGGUGACGUCACUGAUGAUGUUGGUUGGUACCUGCAUUUCAUGUAUGGGAAGAUGUGGCUAUUAUUUGAUGUUCCAUCCGUGGAUCUAUGCUACCGUAUUGGUUGUCAUUCUGGAUGCCGUAGCAAGUGGUUUUUUCAUUUGGGAUCUCGUUGAAUCAACGUCCUGGUCGUCGUUUUUAAAUCAUUUGGAAGUCAGUAACGCAAGUAGCCUGCCGUCAAUUUCCGAUGAGUAUAUCCUAACGAUUCCAUCUGUAAUAAUGUUGUGCACAGCUGCUCGAUUGUUGAUAUUUUGGGUACUGAACAUUGCCUUCAUUCCCAUUGUACUGUCGUUGGGAAAGAAAGUUGUCUUUGGCGAAAUUAUGAACGCGAAAAGAGAAAGCCUUCAGUUGCAUGCUAGACCAACUUUUGAGCCGGGUAAUCCUCACAACAACAAUCAAAUGGGAUACAUGAUCGGAGCUGGUAUAGUUGGAGACCACGGACAACGUUCACCAAACGAGGUGCAAAAUGACACAAGAAGAUACAAUGAUCCCGUUGGAUACCAGCCGAGCAACAUUCCAGAGUACAAUCGGCCAUCGCAGGUCGUAUAUCCAUUGAAUGCGCGUCGACGCUUAGAACCGUUAAAAGGUCGUGAAUCACCGGUCCGUGACGAUGAUUCAUUAAAUGGAAAUGUUUUCACCGUCGCAGAUAAUGCUAGAAAUUCCAAACUGGAUAAUGUGUACCAGUCGCACGACAAACACAAGCAGAGAACAUCAUCCGCUGAUAAAAUGUCAUAUCUUGGUGAAUACGAACAAAAACGAUUGUCCAUAGAACGACCGCACUUAAAUGGAUCAAAAUCGUCUAAAUUACCGCACGAAUUGAGCAACGAACCAGCGAAGCCAAGAGCAGAUUUGCGCCAUAGUAAUCCGCCCGCAGAGCUUCGAGGCCAAUUGCCCUGGUCAUAUUUUAAGAGUCGAGACGAUGUGUCAGGCCCAAGAAAAACGUUUACUCAAUUGCGAGAAGACGAAGAUGCCCCGCCAGUACCUGUGCCAGAUUACACAUUACACUUUCCGAAAAAAGACCGGCCCAGAACCAGUUCGGUGAACACCGACGAUGGAAAAUGGAACGGACCGGAGGCUCGUUACUAAAUAUUUAAUGUAUGGAUUACGAUUGACGCUUACAAAAUUUUAUAUUCUGCGAUUUUGAAAGUGAUCAUGAGAUUAUUUAAUCAACAAAAUUAUAAUAACAUCAACCAAAAUCAACGCGACCAUGUGUGUACUGCACAUUUUAUUCUUAUGAUGAUAAACCGAACAUUGAAAUUAAAGUAAAAAAAAGGAUUCCAGACUGUAUUUUCCUUGCUACACACAACGCAGUGCUGGUAUUAUGCUUUCUAUCGUUUUUUUUGUGUUGAAUUGUAUGGAACCAGAAGAAAAAAAUCGUUCAAAAGAAACUGAAAUUUUUUCCAUUGUUAUCUUAUCAAUCGUAUACGGAUUAAGACUAAGUGAAAAUAUUUUUAUUUUGUGAUUCGACUGAUAAAAAUCCAAAACCGUUAAAUGUAUUAUAAUCGGAUUAUAUGAAAUGUGUAUCAAAUUAUGCUUCA